AUUGGAGGAGGUUCCAUUCCAUUCUGUUGUUUAGCUUCGUAGCAUAGCCCCACCGACCAGCCCCAGCUUACCUCCUCCUCCUCCUCCUCCUCCUUCAUAGCUCAUUUUGUCCGCUCCUCUCCGCGCUGAACCAGAUGGCGAAGGCGAGGAGGAGGCGUCGCGUGCCGCCGUUCGGGGAGUGGAACUACAACUACCACCACGACGCGCCGGAGGGGACAGCGGCACCGCCGCCGGCCGCGUGGUACGCCACGCCGGAGCCGGAGGCCUGCAGCGACGUGUGGUUCAGGUACUCGCCGCCCCCGCGCAAGUCCACGCCCAAGAAGCAUGCGAGGAGGCGGCCCGAGGGCGACGUCGCGGACGCAGCCGCGGCCAAGAACGGCGGCUCCAGGAGGGUGGUGCGGCCGGUCGACGGGGACCUGUACCAGGUGCCGCCACCGCCGGAGCUCGCCCCCCACCGGGGGCCGAGGAAGACGAGGAGCCUGUGGAUGGGGUGCCUUGGUCUCAACUCAUGCGUCGCCUCCUGAACCGGAACUCAUGCGUGAUGAUGGAUGGGAAUGGGAUGCUGCCUGCGUGUUCAUCGGCAGUGUUUACUUGCCAUUUCUGUUGGAUAUACACUCCAGUUCUGUCCAGUUGGUAACAAAGGUGGUUUUAGAAUCUCGACGUAAUUUUUAUUAAUGCUAUGUUUGAUGCGUUUAGUACUUCCGGUGAAGUUUGAUGAUAGCUCUAAAUCAUUUUUCGCAAGAGAGAGAGAGAGAUCUGUCUCUCCGAGUGUAUGCCCUUUCUUGGCCUGUGGUAAGAUGGUUGUUAGAAUUUUCCUUCAUUCUGUGUAACGUGGCAACAUCUCGUCCUGUGCUACCAAUGCCUUGGUUACCCGGAAUCGCUUCUGAUAAA